UUAAUAAAAUUGUAAAAGAUCAAUUCACUCCCUCUUGUGGAACUCCAUGAAACUAACCGUUCAAACUCGUAUUCCCCACCAAACUACUGCUCCAUUGAAUACCUCAACAGAACACGAACACCUGGAAAAUUGUGCCGGAUUGUUAUCAUCCAUCCAAAAAGAAUAAAAAUGGCGAGGGGGUCGGACAUGGUACUUACAGCAUCAACAAUUGCAGCAAUAUCCACCUUUGCAGUCCUCUAUCUUCCUCGUUUUCUUUCUCCUCCACCUCUAUCUCUCCCUACCCCUUCUCAUGACAUUCUCCAUCGGGCCGAGACGAUUCAACUUCCCGCUGCUUUUGGACCCGAAAGCUUGGCCUUUGACCCGUCCGGUGCGGGUCCUUACACUGGUGUCGCCGAUGGCCGGAUUCUCAAGUGGGAUCCCAGUUCCAGCUCUUGGGUCGAAUUUGCUGUCACCUCUUCCUCCAGAAAGGAGUGUACGCGUCCUUUUGCACCAGAAUUGGAGCAUGUAUGUGGAAGGCCACUAGGUCUGAAAUUUGAGCAGAAAACUGGAGAUCUUUAUAUUGCAGAUGCCUACUUUGGCCUUCUAAGAGUUGGGCCUCAAGGAGGUUUGGCCUCAAAGGUGGUAACUGAAGCUGAAGGACUUCCCUUGUAUUUUACCAAUGACAUGGACAUUGAUGAAGAAGAUGAUAUCAUCUACUUCACUGAUUCCAGUACUAAAUUCCGCAGAAGGCACUUCAUGCCAUCAAUUCUAAGCGGAGAUAAGACAGGCAGAUUCAUAAAGUACAACAAAUCAUCCAAAGAAGUAACUGUUCUCCUACGUGGACUUGCCUUUGCAAACGGAGUAGCUUUGAGCAAAGACAGAUCGUUUGUGGUUGUAGCUGAAACUAGCACCUGCAAAAUCUUAAGGUACUGGGUCCGAGGUCCAAAUGCAGGUGAAGUUGAAACUUUCGUAGACUUGCCUGGAUAUCCUGACAAUAUAAGAAGAAACUCAAAGGGUGAGUUUUGGGUUGCUUUACACGCCAAGAAAACCCGUUUGGCUGAUUGGCUUCUUAGAAACACUUGGUUCGGAAAUACAUUGUUAAAGAUCCCGCUUAGCUCUGUACAGCGACUACAUGCUUUGUUCGUGGGUGGGCAUCAUGCUAUUGCGGUGAAGUUGAGUGAAGAUGGACAAGUGGUUGAGGUUUUGGAAGAUGCUCGAGGGAAGCAAGUGAGGUAUGUUAGUGAAGUUGAGGAGAGAGAUGGAAAGUUAUGGAUUGCUUCUGUAAUGAUGCCUUCUGUUUGGGUUUACAGUUUGCAUUAACUUAAUUAAGUACUGUACUGUGCAUAUAUGAUUUAGAAUACGUGAGAUUUUACCACUCAGAUUCCCAGGAUAUAAUGUCUGAAUUGAGGGAGUAGUAAACUAGCAAUGUUGUUGUAUACUCUACUACUCUAGUAACCUUGCUUACUCUAAUUAAUUAUUACUCCAGUA